UUGAGAAAAUCAAGUUUCGGUCAUUCUCGAACGAACAAUACUUUAAAAUCGACUUGAAAAGAAUCACUUGAUAGCCUGAAGUUUACUUGAACGAUUUUCGAGCAAGAAAACCUAUGUUUUGUGUGAAUAACGAGGGACAGUGUUUGCAUAAAAUGAGAUUUUAAUGAACAACACGACACGUACAAAAGGAAGCCCAAUGUGAUAUAUUGAAGUCCUUGAAGCGGAAGCCAUGAAAUGGUCGAAAGCACUUUCUCUUGGUGAUUUAAGACUAGAAGCCGGUGACUGUAAAGGUGCAAUAAAAUACUUUAAAAAGGCCCUGGUGAUUGCACAAAGGAAUGGAUCUAAAAAGGAAGAAGCAGAGUCUGAUGCAAGACUAGGUGGCGUUUAUCUUAAAAUAGAAAAUUAUCAUGAAGCUGUUGAUUAUUAUGAGAAGGGACUGGAAAUAUUACAAGAGACUGGUGACAAGAAACUAGAGUGUGAGAUGUGUUGUUGGAUUGGUGAGGCGUGUUAUGCACUAGGAGAUUUAAAAAAAUUGAUGGAGUAUGCAAGACAAGGCUUCAAUGUUGCAAUUAGAAUCGGUGACUCUACACUCACUGCAAUGUCGUAUCAAAAUCUUGGUCGUGCUUACCUUUCCCUGUGUGACUAUCAAAAUAGUAUUAAGUGCUGUAAAAAAGCUAUUGAUUUGUACAAACAACUGAAUAAUGAAGAAGGAUUAGGGGUUUGUUAUACAAACAUGUCAUUAUCAUAUCAGAUGCAAGGAAAGUACCAUGAUGCAAUUUGUCUAAUAGAGGAGAGUCUUCUGCUAACUGUUAAAACUGGAGAUAAGGAAAGUCUAGCGGUUGAAUUAAAUAACUUGGGAGCAAUAUAUCUAAGGCUGAAUAACAAUAAUAAGGCCACAGAAUUGUUCCAAGAAAGUCUUACUAUCAGCAAGGAGAUCAAUAGCAAAGGUCUUCAAGCAACAUGUUAUUGCAAUCUGGGAACUGCUUUGAAUUGUGAUAAUAAAUCUUCUGAAGCUAUUCCCUUUUUCAAAAAGUCAUUGGAAAUUGCUGUAGAAAUUGCUGAUAAACAAGUGCAAGCUUCAGUCAAUAGAAACAUUGGUGAUUGUUUAAAAGAGUCAAACCAAUACGAAGAGGCAAGUGAAUACUUCAAUAAAAGUCUUAUCAUUGCUAAAGAAAUAAAUGACAAGAAUUGUGAGGCAUCUGCCUAUUACAAUAUGGCUCGUAUCAAUAUGAGCAUGGAAAAUCUUUACUUUUCAUUAAGCUUAUUGGAGAAAUGCAUUGAAAUUUGUUCCACUAUUGGCAAAAAAGAUCUCAAGGGUGUAGCCUGCUCUGCUUUUGGCCAAGUAUACUAUUUAUUACACAAACAGAACCAAGGACAUCAAGCAUGUCAUGAUACUGAUGAUAAUAUAACUAAAUCAGAAGAAUACUUGAGGAAGGCACUUGAUUGUUUUGACUUUUUGUUUCAACAUCUCCAUCAACUGGAUCAAUUCAAAGUCUCCAUUUUCGAUACAUUCAUUAAACCCUACAAGGUCCUCACGACCGUGCUGGUUGAAACAAAGAAAGUAGAAGAGGCUCUGUUAGUAUCUGAUAGUGGACGAGCGCGUGCUUUAGGAGAUCGGUUGGUCUUCAAAUACAGUAUGAUUCAAGACGAAUGGUCAUCGCCUAAACCACUAACAUAUCCUGAUGUAGAAGGAAUUCUAUCAAAUGAUAUCUUUACAAUGAUGCAUUACAGCUUACUAAACAACAGUUUGGCUGUGUGGGUUUUAGCUAAAGACUCUCCAAUGGUGUUCAGAGAAACUGAACAGGAACAAUUUAUUUCUGCUAUAGAAACAUUGACUGAAGAAAAGAAAGAUGAAAAUUCAAUAAGUCGUUUCUUUACUGGUAUUGUUGCAAAAGCAUAUGAAAUGAUGGAAAUCAAAGAGAGCGUGACUUGUGAAAACAGAUCACUUGAUGAUUACGUGACAACAAAUGCCAUCGACGAAUGCACUGAAUCUAUGUCACGUGAUGAUGGUGCCAGUAAAGACAACCUCGAUCAAGCGUCACACCCACUUGAAACGUUGUACAAUUCCUUAGUGACGCCUGUCCUGACACAUGUACAACACGACGAGAUUGUCAUAGUACCGGAUGGACCAAUGUACAGAGUACCGUUUGCUGCCCUCAGGGAUCCCAACACAGGACAGUAUCUGUCAGACAUCAAACGCAUUCGCCUUGCGCCAUCAAUAGCAAUAUUAAAGGCUCUAAAGGAAUGUCCAGUUGAUCAUCACAGCCAAAAAGGAGCGUUGAUUGUAGGAAAUCCUAGCGUCGGAGAGGUGAUGUUUAGAGGCAAGAAACGAGUGUUUGAACGUUUACCUUCAGCAGAAACGGAAGUCAGAGUCAUUUCUUGUAAUCUUAAGCAAACUGCAAUCACUGGUGAACAAGCUACCAAAGAUGUUGUGUUGGAGAAGUUGCGAGAAGGAUCAGCUGUAAUUCACAUUGCUGCACACGGGAGCUCUGACAAUGGUGAAAUAGCGCUGGCACCAAAUGUCUCACCAGAAAGACAAGGAAUCCCAGAAGAAGAUGACUACCUGUUGACGAUGAGGGAAGUCCAAGAAAUCNUUUCCUAUAACGUUAUCGGCGCGAACUUAUGCUAA